AUUCUAGAUAUAUUACAGAUCUGAAUAGUUAUUUCUUAGGCCAACAAUUUUCAUUUAAUGUAGGUCAAACAGGUUUACCAGUAUAUUUUAGUGAUAGAGAAAUUGAAAUAGCUUACAGAUAUAAUGCUGAUAUUGAAAAUUCAUUAGAAUUAGCAACAUUAAUUGGGUAG